AUGAAAAUACAUUUUUUAAAUGGCAGAACAGAGGACAUCACAACGAGACAAGAGGACAUCCCACCAAGACAAGAGGACAUCCCACCAUUACAAGAGGACAUCCCACCAACACAAGAGGACAUCCCUCCAAGACAAGAGGACAUCCCACCAUUACAAGAGGCCAUCCCACCAAUACAAGAGGACAUCCCACCAAGACAAGAGGACAUCCCACCAAGUCAAGAGGACAUCCCACCAAGACAUGAGGACAUCCCACCAAGACAGGAGGAAAUCCCACCAACACAAGAGACAUAUAACCAACACGAGAGGACAUCCUACAAAGAGGACAUCCCACCAAGUCAAGAGGACAUCCCACCAAGACAGGAGGACAUCCCACCAAGACAGGAGGACAUCCCACCAACACAAGAGACAUAUAACCAACACGAGAGGACAUCCUACAAAGAGGACAUCCCACCAAGAGAACAUCCCACCAAGAGGACAUCCCACCAACACAAGAGGACAUUCCACCAACACAAGAGGACAUCCCACCAAGACAGGAGGACAUCCCACCAAGACAGGAGGACAUCCACAUCCCACCAAGACAGGAGGACAUCCACAUCCCACCAAGACAGGAGGACAUCCACAUCCCACCAAGACAGGAGGACAUCCCACCAAGACAGGAGGACAUCCACAUCCCACCAAGACAGGAGGACAUCCCACCAAGACAGGAGGACAUCCCACCAAGAGGACAUCCCACCAACACAAGAGGACAUCCCACCAAGACAAGAGGACAUCCCACCAAGACAAGAGGACAUCCCACCAAGACAAGAGGACAUCCCACCAAGACAAGAGGACAUCUACCAAGACAGGAGGACAUCCACAUCCCACCAACACAAGAGGACAUCCCACCAAGACAGGAGGACAUCCCACCAAGAGGACAUCCCACCAACACAAGAGGACAUCCCACCAAGACAAGAGGACAUCCCACCAAGACAAGAGGACAUCCCACCAAGACAAGAUGACAUCCACCAAGACAAGAGGACAUUUCAACAAGACAAGAGGACAUCCCACCAAGACAAGAUGACAUCCCACCAAGACAAGAGGACAUCCCACCAACACAAGAGGACAUCCCACCAAGACAGGAGGACAUCCCACCAAGAGGACAUCCCACAAACACAAGAGGACAUCCCACCAACACAAGAGGACAUCCCACCAAGACAGGAGGACAUCCCACCAAGACAGGAGGACAUCCACAUCCCACCAAGACAGGAGGACAUCCACAUCCCACCAAGACAGGAGGACAUCCCACCAAGACAGGAGGACAUCCCACCAAGACAGGAGGACAUCCACAUCCCACCAAGACGAGAGGACAUCCCACCAAGACGAGAGGACAUCCCACCAAGACAGGAGGACAUCCACAUCCCACCAAGACGAGAGGACAUCCACAUCCCACCAAGACGAGAGGACAUCCCACCAAGACGAGAGGACAUCCCACCAAGACAGGAGGACAUCCCACCAAGACAGGAGGACAUCCACAUCCCACCAAGACGAGAGGACAUCCCACCAAGAUAG